AUGGGUGAAGAAUUGCCGACUUAUGUCGAUUUUCAUGGUUUCAAUGAUUUUGCAUACUUCUAUCCCAAGCCUGUUAUAGUUUGGACAAUCGUAGGAACUGUUUUAUUGAUAAUUACCAUAGUUUCUUAUAUUCCUCAGCCUAUUAAGAUCAUUAAAAAGAUGUCUUCAUACGGAUUAGCUCCUGUUUCAACGUUUUCUUCUACAAUAUGCCUCUGGUUUGUUGUAUUUAACGUUUUAUGCUUAAAAUGGGAAGAUUUUGUAGGAGUUUUUCAUCAUUUAAACUUCUAUACCUACGCAAGAUUUCUUACAUUUGCAAACUGCUUUGCACAGUGGUUUUUAAUGUCCCAGGUUCCUUAUCUGAUCAUGCUUUUUUAUGAUAAGGAAAUUAGACCAGGAAUGGACGAAGGAACUAUUAAGAAAGGCUGGAAAGAGUUCAGAUCUGUCUCAGUGAUCUUAAUGUGCAUUUAUGUUCCUUGUAUUUUUAUAUGGGGCUUACUUGGAAUGUAUACAGGCUUUACUUCUACCGCAAUUGAUUACUUAGGACAUAUAUCCGGUAUUGUUGGCUUUAUAAUCGAAGUUCUUCAGUUUAUCCCUCAAAUUAUCAAAACAUUCAGAAUGAAGAGCAGUGGAAACUUAUCGAUCCUUAUGCUUGAGAUCCAAGCACCCGUGAACCUCGGAAAUGCAAUGUUUAUGUGUUUUGGAAACCAUGAAAGUUGGACAACUUACGCAGCUUCAAUUGCUGAUGGCUGCUGGGAGUUCGUAUUGCUUGCAAUGUGUAUCUACUACAAUAAGGUCCAGAAGAGAGGCGAAGGAUCAGAUAAUUCUGAAAAUGAAAUUAAUCUCACAGAAAACGAAGUCAAUGAUGAAGAUACUGGAGUUAAAGAUGUCGAGAAUCCAUCAGGAUCUGGUGUUGUUGAUGUUGAAGGUAACCCAGAUUAUGUCCCUGAUUAA